AUGCUUAGAUCUUUGCAAAUAGGGACCAAGUCAUCAAGAUCUGUGUUGAACAGCAUAGCAUCCCAAAGAUCAUUGCACACUGUUCCAAAGAUUGAAACUAUUGAUGAAUUGAAAGAUACCGGUCUCAAGGGCUUGUAUUCCGCCAAAGGUUUGGAAAGUGCCUGGUACUCUAGAGCCCAAAGCUAUGUGAAUAAUUUGAACAAAGAAUCCACCGAUGGUGUAGCCGGUGGCAGUUUGGAAGACAUAAUUUCUACUUUUUACAAGGAACCAAUCAAGAGAUCAUUAUAUGAAAAUGCUUCAUUAUUAUACAAUACCAAGUUUGCCUUGGAAUGUCUUGCCCCAAUAAAUACUUUCAACAGCUCUGAAGAAGUGGCAUUACCACCAAAGGCCACUGUUAAAGAUUUGCUUGCGGGACCGGUGUUGAACAGAAACAGCGCUAUUAGCAACGUGCCAACUAACAACAACUUGAAAGACUGGUUGGUAGAUUCAUUUGGAUCAAUAGUAGAAUUCAAGACCUUGUUACUCAACUCUGCUAUGGCCAUCAAGGGUGAUGGUUUUGCCUGGUUGGUCGUGGAGAAGUUGGUUAGAAGAGCCGACGUUUACGAAACAAUGUUUGUUUUGAACACUUACAACUGUGGUCAACCAAACUCCAAUGCCUCCAAAUAUUUGGACGAUUUGAAAUUAUUCCACCAUACCAAAGAACAAGAAAACAAAUUGAAAGAUCCUGAAGCAAAAUUGGCUUAUGAAGAAGAACAGAAAAAGAAAAAUAAGUUGGAAUACUCAUUCCAAAAUACUUUGAUCGAAACAGUUGACGAAGCUAAAAGUAUACACCAUGCCACUAAGAGACAAUUUGUGCCAAUAUUAGCCAUUGACGCUUCACCAAAGGCUUACUUGCACGAUUAUGGUGUCUUUGGUAAAAAACAAUAUUUGGAAAGAGUUUGGGAAUCCAUUGAUUGGGAUAAGAUCGCUGCCAGAUUACCACAAAGAUCUGAAAAACUUCAACUCUAG